GAGCGGAGAAGAGCCGUGCCGAGCGGAGCCGGUGCUGCCGGGCGUGCCGCGAGGUGUAGCCGUGCACAUGGGAACCCACCGCAUCGUGCUGACGGGCCCCGGGCCAUGGGGCUUCCGCCUGGUGGGCGGCCGGGACUUCGAGCAGCCCCUCACCAUCUCACGGGUGACUCCAGGUAGCAAAGCUGCAAUAGCCAACCUGUGUAUAGGAGACCAGAUCAUAGCCAUUGAUGGAGUGAACACAGAUAACAUGACGCACCUCGAGGCGCAGAACAAAAUCAAGGGCUGUGCGGAUGAACUCACCCUGACGGUUAGCAGAACGGAGUCAAAAGUCUGGUCACCGCUUGUAAAUGAAGAGGGAAAGGCGCAUCCUUACAAGAUGAAUCUAGCCUCCCAGCCCCAGCAGAGACCGACGCAGUUUCCAUGUGCAUUCAGCAUGACGUGCAAGCCUGCUGGUCUGAACAGCCGUCGCUCGCCGAUGGGUGCGCAGCAGGCUCCCUUUGCCUCUGUCUAUAACCCGCUGCAGUCACCCAGUGUGGAGGCACAGGGCAGGCACAGCCCUGGUGCCCUGUCCAGCCAGGUUCGUGUGGGGCCGGAGCAGCUGAAGCACGCGGCCCAGGCCUGCCCUAAAAGCCCUGUGGAGGUGGAGGUGCCAGGACUGAAGGUGCUGCAUGUGCAGUUCAAUUCUCCCCUGCAGCUCUAUUCGCAGAGCAACAUCAUGGAUUCCCUGCAGGGGCAGAUCUCUUCCAUCAGCCCUGAUUUCCCCAGUUUAGAUCAGCACAGCCAUCCCUCAGGCAGCAUUGCCAUAGACAGAGACUCUGAGGUUUACAAGAUGCUCCAGGAGAACCAAGAAUCGCAUGAGCCACCCAGGCAGUCUGCUUCCUUCCUAGUGCUGCAGGAGAUUUUGGAGUCAGAGGAGAAAGGAGAUCCCAGCAAACCAUCUGGAUUUAGGAGCGUCAAGGCUCCCACCACAAAGGUGGCCUCAUCGAUUGGGAAUGCCCAGAAGCUGCCCAUGUGUGACAAGUGUGGAUCUGGCAUUGUAGGGGUGUUUGUGAAGAUUCGGGACAAGCAGCGUCACCCUGAGUGCUACGUGUGCAGUGACUGCGGCACCAACCUCAAGCAGAAAGGACAUUUCUUCGUGGAAGAUCAAAUCUACUGUGAGAAGCACGCACGGGAGCGAGUGGUGCCCCCAGAAGGCUACGAGGUGGUCACUGUCUUCCCUAAGUAGCCUGUGCUGCAGUGGGGUCAGCGUGGAUCGUUCCUCUUCUGCUGCUCUUCUGGGAAAGUGUUGCCCUGCCCCUUGCCGACUCUCCUUUGCAAUAAGGAAUGCUAGACACGGCUUUGAAUUUCCUUGCCGCGUGAAAGUUCCGUCUGCACACACAAGGUGUCACUAAUCAUUCAACAUUCUUUUGUCUUUCACUGUUGUUUCUCUCUUUUUUUUUUUUUUUUUUUAAUACACAGAUUAUUAUUUUUUCCCUUCCUUGUGCUGCCAAGUGCCCAGGCAUGGCAGAGGCCAAAGUCAGAUCACAGCUCACCUGUAUCCCAGUUGUUUGCUUUCUGUUCACAUUCAAUAAAUAGGGUGACUCCAA